AUGUCUGAUAUUAAUAUGGAGAAGUUCGCGGUACCAGAAUUUGUAUCGGAACGGUAUGUAAAAGAGUUGGCGAAGUCAUGUGUCGGAGGGGAGGAGCUAGCCCAGCAGAAGGAGAAAAUCAAAACUUUAGCUGAAGAAACCGCAAGUGCCCUGAAGAAAAAUGUGUAUGAAAAUUAUAUGCAGUUCAUUGAAACUGCAACUGAGAUAUCUCACUUAGAAACUGAAAUGUACAAACUCUCUCAUUUGUUAAGUGAUCAAAGAAUUGUUCUUUCCACAUUAUCACAAGCAUCGAUUUUAGGGAAUGAAAAUACAUUGUCUCGAGAGUCAUUAGAUAACCACAACUUAGAAGUUGAAAGAGCUGAAGAAGAACGUAAAAAUAAACUUAAUUCUAUAUCAGAAAAAGUAGAAGGCUGUAUGAAUUUACUAGACGUUCCAGAAAGACACUUAUUACAUGAAGGUGAUCUACUAGAAAUAGACGCCGAAGAGAAUACUGCUCUUCAGAGAAUGCAUGUUUAUUUAUUUAAUGAUUGUUUAAUGUUGACCUCCUGGAUAUCAAAUAGACGUGGGCCAAUGAGAUAUAAAUUUCAAAAUAGUUACCCUAUUAGUACUUUAGCUGUAGUUAAUGUGCGUGACUUAGGAACUGUAAAACAAGCAUUUAAAGUUUUAGCGUUUCCUGACACCAGAGUAUUUCAGUGCAACAGUUUAGCAAUUAAAAAGGACUGGCUUGACAAAUUUGAUAUAGCCAAGAAAUUACAUGUUGAAAAGGAAAAUUCAAAGCAAAAGAAAAAAGAUUCACAAGAUAAGCUUAAACAUGAAUCAGUAGAGUCUCCAAGUCUUUCAGUUGAAGAGAUACCUUCACCCCAAAUAACCCCUUUGCCUGAUUGGCUAGCUGAUGUCACAGAAGAGUUAGAUGUUCUUAUUGUAGAGAGACAUUUUCAAAAAACCUAUGACUUAAUGAUAUCUGCUCAAAAUACAUUGAACACAGAGGAUUUUAUAAAUCACCCCCAAAGAAAUGAAAUACUAAAAAAGAUAGAUCACAAACAGAAAUCUUUAACUGAAAUAUUAUUAAAGGAGCUUGAUGUCACCCACAACUGGAGUCCAAGGGGUGGUUUGAGGUCAUCUCGUUACCCUGUUCUAAUACUCAAUAAAUUUAAUAUGACUAGUCAGGCCUGUGAACUAUUUCUAGAUAUAUGUAGUCACACAGUGAAAGCUCAUAUCAAAGCGGUUCAGUUAGAGGGUUCUAUAUUCAGUUAUGUAAAACAAGUGGGUGAAGUGUUUUUCUGCUCACUGAGUGAUGCCUUAACAGAGUUUAUUUCAUUAUUUCCUAAAAAUAAAUUAAGUGCUUUCAUAGUGUGGGCUAGUAUGCAACUUAGAAUUCUGAUGAGUCAAAUUAUUAAGCAAGUAUUUACUCCACAAUGUGCUUUAGACUCAGUUUUAGAGUGUGUUCAGAGUUUACGUGACCAAUGUACUCUAUUCUGUGAAUUUGGUUUAGAUUUAAGAUUUCAAAUGAAUAGCUGUUUGAGAACACCUAUAAUAAAGGCAUUGAAUGAGUAUAAGGAAAAAAUUGUUGAUUCAAUGAAAAAUAAAGUAUCUGAAGAUAAGUGGACUCCUGUUAACAUGCAUACUAAAGCUGGAGUUAGUAAAUUUUUAAUACAAAUGGAAAAUUUGGGCCUUAUCUUAACUAAAUAUGUAAUAAAUGAGACAUGGGUGGACUUAUCAAGUAGUACCAUAUGGUUUGCACAGUCUAUUCUUACUGUGCAAAAUGUUGGCCUACAUAUAGUUACAAAGGAUAUGAUGGAUGUUGUUGAUGAAUGUAUCUAUGCAAUAUUUAAUUCUCGCCUUACAUUUACUAACAAUAAUGAGUCAAAUUAUGCACAUAAGAAUAUCAAGUUUAUAUUGGAAACUUUAAUGCCACUGAUGGUUAAAAGUUACAAAGAGAAAGCUGGUUAUGAUAAUGAAAAAUUAUUAGAUUUAGCAAAGAAGUUUGGUGUCAAUAUUGUGAAGAAAUCUAACAUCACAAAAUAUACAAGUAAUGAAUACUUA